UCUCUCUCUCUCUCUCUCUCUCUGUCCACGCAUUCUCUCUCUCUCUCUCUCACUCUCUCUCUCUCUAGGAAGGAAGGAACAAAGGAGGAGAGGAGAAGGAGGAGAUGGAUAGAGGAACGGAAGCACAGAAGUACGUGUGGGAAGGUGCGAUCCCAUUGCAGAUUCAUCUCCACGAUUCCGAAGUCACCACUCUCCCUCCUCCUCCACCCGCUCUGAUCUUAGCUCCUCGGAUAGGGUACUUGCCUUUGUUAGUACCGCACAUUAAACCUUUCUUCAGUAGUGCACUUCCUCCUGGUGUAGACACUGUAUGGUUUGAAUAUAGAGGGUUGCCCCUGAAGUGGUAUAUACCAACAGGAGUCCUCUUUGAUCUUCUUUGUGCAGAACCUGAAAGACCUUGGAAUCUGACGGUGCAUUUUAGAGGAUAUCCAGCAAAUAUUUUGAUCCCUUGUGAAGGUGAAGAUAGUGUAAAAUGGAGCUUUAUUAAUUCAUUGAAAGAGGCAGCAUACAUAAUCAAUGGAAAUUGCAAGAAUGUCAUGAAUAUGUCCCAAUCUGAUCAGGUGGAGCUGUGGCACUCUGUCAUGAAUGGUAACUUGGAAGCCUACCUCCGGGUUUCAUCUAAGCUUAAACUUGGAAUAGGUGGAGAUGAGUUUUCAGCGAAACUGAACUCAUCCUCUUUAAAAUCUCAACAAAGCACUGUUGAGACAGAUACUACUGGGUCAGUCAAUACAGGUCGAAUCCCAGUUCGGUUGUACGUUUGCAAUGUCCAUGAGGAUUUUGAUGAUUUGGAAGAUGCACCUAUUAUUGAUAGUUGGGACAAAAUCUCUUACAUAAAUCGACCUGUUGAGAUUCAUGGAGAAGGCAAAUGCUUCACCUUACUUGAUGCUUUAAAAACUCUUCUGCCGGAGUUUUUUGCAGAAAAGUCCUCUAUCAACGAGGAAAUUUCCAGAGCAGAAGUUGAGGAUGAACAGAGAUUACCCUCGGAAGAAGGAAGCAGUGCGAGAACUGCAGAAGAAGCCGGAGAAACAUUGUGUGAACAAGUGGAGUCGUGUAUCCUAUCAGAUAAUGUUGAAAUCAAGCUUCUCCGAAUUCAAGGGAUCGAACCUAAAUUGGAGAUCCCUUUUGCUUGGCUGGUGAACAAUUUGAUGAACCCUGAACGCUUUCUUCAUAUCUGUGUUUAUGUCAGGGUUUUGGAACCGAUUACCAUUUAAAUGAGUACAUAAAUUUCACAUCUGGCGUCCUAUCCUUUCAGGUGGGAGGGGAAAAUAUAGCAUCAUGUACCCGUGUAAUUCGAAUUUGGCAUCACAUCAGAUAAAAUAAAAGGAGAGCACAUCAUCUACGAGGCCAACUUGUCUCCUCAUAUUCAAAGGUAACCUAUGUUUACAAUGUGCCGGCAUCAAGCCCCAUGUUUACAAUUGUAUAAUGCCAACAUACUAGAUGUUAACAAAUGACAAGACCUAGGCUUCUUUGGAGGAUCAACCUAGAUUACUUCAUUGGAAUUUCAAAUCUUCAAAACUUUGAUA